GCCGGCCGCCUGCGGAAUUAUGACGAAUGGCGGGAGGAGGUGGUUGACGGUCUUGGUUGGGAUCUGCUGCGCCUCUUUUGCCCACUCGCUUCACAGUGCUUCUGCUACCCUCGGCCUCAGCAAACUUGAGAACCUCAGCCUGAGGGGCGGGGGAUUCGGUCCUUUCUUCAAGAAGCCUCCUCCUCCCCCCCCUCCUCCUGCUCCUGUCAGGAAGUCAAUCAUGGACAUGCUACCAGUCAGCUUCACGGAGCUUUCAGCUGUGGUCCUUAUGGCAGCCAUCACCCACCUCUCUAAGCCGAGCAGCUUCCAUCCCAUCGGCGCUCCUCACACCAUCCAGCAUGUCUUCUACUACGGUUGGAUCGCAGCGCUCUCGACGGGCCUCGGGGUCAUCCCGCUCCUGUUCAUGCACAAGAUUCAGGAUGUCUGGCUUGGCCUGUCCAACGCUGUUGCUGCUGGCAUGAUGAUCUCCGCCUGCUAUCACCUCGUCGAGGAGGGGCUCACUCUAGAGCCUGACGGUUCAACCUUGUUCAACAUGGCUGUCUCGCACCCUGUCAGGGUGGUAGCUGGACUGCUGCUGGGGGCCGGAUUCGUGAUCUCGUCCAAGUCAUGGAUUGAGAAGCACGAGGAUCUCAAAUUCGGGAGCCUCACAGGGAAAGAUCUCAGAAAAGUUUUCCUCAUGGUUGCCGUCAUGACCCUCCACUCCUUCUCUGAGGGACUGGGGAUCGGAGUCAGUUUCACGGGCAAGGAUGGAGCACACUUGGGUGCGAUGGUGACGGCCACACUUGCCAUGCACAACAUCCCGGAGGGUUUGGCUGUCGCCCUCGUGCUCAUGCCCAGAGGAGUCAGCAAGUUCAGCACCAUCUUGUGGGCAAUCUUCACCAGCAUGCCUCAGCCGCUGAUCGCCGUGCCUGUCUUCAUCUUCGCUCGCCAUUUCAUCUUCUGGCAAUCUGUCGGACUGGGGUUUGCGGCUGGUUCCAUGCUUUGGGUCACAUUCUUCGAGUUGUUGGCGGACGCCAUGAAGGUCAGCAGCUUUACAGCUCUCGCUUCCUCUGAUCUCCCAGCAGGACCUCUCCUUGUCAACAACCGCCUUGACAACGGUGUGCGUUUACUUGCUGUGUUGUCCCGGUGA